GACAUAAGGCUCUGUCUCUGUAUUCUCUCUUUUUGGAAGUUUGAUCUUUACCUUUCUACAUGGGACAACUAGAAGCUCAAGAACGGCAUCUGAGCAUCACGGUUCAAGAAUCAAAUGAAGCAAACUCCCUACCAGAUCGGCGCAGAGGUUUUAACUGGUGGCUUAAAAUGUUGAUUUACACAGUCUUUGUCCUUGCUGGCCAGGCAAUUGCAACACUCUUGGGAAGACAGUACUAUGAGAAAGGUGGUAAAAGCAACUGGCUGGCUACAUUAGUACAAAUUUGUGGCUUUCCUAUCUUCCUUCCAUAUUAUUGUAUACCAGCAUGGAACAAAAACUGUCCAACCACAAAUAGUACUAUAGCAAUCGAGUCAAAGCCACCGUCUACAUUAGUCCUUGCAUCAAUUUAUGGAGUUCUUGGCACCCUCAUAGCAGCAGACUACUACUUGUAUUCAUUAGGAAUAUCUUACCUUCCUGUAUCUACUUUCUCCCUUAUUUCUGCCUCCCAACUUGUCUUCAAUGCAAUUUUCUCCUUCUUCCUCAACUCGCAGAAGAUCACUCCUUACAUUGUCAACUCUCUUGUUGUCCUGAUUAUCUCAUCCAGCCUCCUAGUGCUUCAAGGAGACGGCUCUGCCGACUCGAGUACAGUUUCCAGGUCCAAGUACAUAAUAGGCUUCAUCUGCACCGUUGGGGCAUCUGCUGGAUAUGCAUUGACACUUUCUCUAACGCAGCUAGCCUUCACAAAGGUAAUAAAAAAAGAAUCAUUUAGAGUGAUCAUGGAUAUGACAGUGUAUCAAUCAGUCGCUGCAACCGCUAUUAUCUUGGUGGGAUUUUUUGCUAGUGGUGAUUGGAAGGGUGUAACGCAUGAGAUGCAGGGGUUUCAGUUAGGGAAGGUGGCCUAUAUUAUGAAUGUAACAUGGACAGCUAUUAAUUGGCAGCUCUUUCAGUUGGGAGUUGUGGGGUUAGUAUUUGAGGCAUCAUCCCUCUUCUCAAAUUCUAUAGGUGCUGUGGGUUUGCCUAUUGUUCCAGUUCUAGCUGUGAUCUUCUUCCAUGAAAAAAUGGAUGGGAUAAAGGUAGUGUCCCUGGUUUUAGCUAUCUGGGGAUUUAUUUCAUAUGUUUAUCAGCACUACCUAGAUGAUUGUAAGUCCAAGAGUGAGAAGAAAGAUGCCAAUGAUGAAGUAGCUCUUCCUCUGGAAAACAUCAAUAGUUGA